CAAAGCCUUUCAUUGGCCGACGGUGCAAACAUUGACAGAAGAGGUGCAGCGUGCAACAGAACAUUGUGCAUUCUAUUUGUACAGGAUUGCCAGCAUAUCUACGACACAACAACAUGACUGAAGAGGUAGAGGAGCGAGGGACGUGGGGAGGCAGGUUCGAGUUCCUGCUGUCCUGUGUGGGCUACGCUGUGGGGCUGGGCAAUGUCUGGAGGUUCCCCUACCUCUGCUACAAGAAUGGAGGAGCCACCUUUCUUAUCCCCUAUGCCAUCAUGCUGGUCAUUGCUGGUCUGCCGUUAUUCUUCCUGGAGCUGGCCGUCGGUCAGUUCGCCUCCGAGGGGCCGAUCACCGUGUGGAAGGUCAGCCCUGCGUUCCAUGGUAUCGGGUUCGCUAUGGUGACCAUCAGUGGCAUGGUGUCUAUCUACUACAACGUCAUCAUCAUGUACGCCAUCUACUACAUGUUUGUCAGCUUCGUCAGCCUCGACGACACGGUUCCCUGGGCGACGUGUGACGGACCGUGGAUAACCAACUCAUGCAUGGCCACCUAUCCGCCUCUUAAGACAAUGAAUGAAACGGAUAGGAUGUCUAAACUCUACGACCUUCUGUACAACACCUCAUGCAUUGACAAUCUUCUCGGGAACUUCUCUGAAAAGUACAACGACACAUUCGCAGACAAAUCAGAGCUGAACUCCACCAUGGUCAUGACUAAGCUCGCGGACGAUUGCAAAAUAAAGUUCUACUCACCAAGCGCUGAGUACUGGGAGCGCUUUGUCCUCCGUAUUCAAGAAUCUGAUGGCUUAGGAGACCUUGGAGGAAUCAGCCUGAAGUUCGCAGUGUGUCUCUUCCUUGCUUGGGUCCUGAUCUUCGCCUGUCUCAUGAAGGGAGUGAAGUCGUCCGGCAAGGUCGUGUACUUCACCGCCACUUUCCCCUACAUCAUCCUGGUUGUCCUGCUCAUCCGCGGUCUGACUCUAGAAGGAUUCGAGGAGGGCAUACAUUUCUAUAUGACUCCACAGUUUGACAGGCUGAAAGAGGCUAAGGUAUGGGGAGACGCAGCCACCCAGAUCUUCUACUCCCUGGGAGCCGGAUUCGGAGGGCUCUUGACCAUGUCCAGUUUCAACAAGUUUAAGAACAACUGUGAACUGGAUGCUCUUGUCGUAGCCAUCAUCAACUGCUGCACCAGUGUGUUCGCCGGCUUCGCCAUCUUCUCCCUCCUGGGUCACAUGGCAUACACCACCAACCGAGACGUGGAAACCGUGGUCGACCAGGGUCCUGGUCUUGCUUUCAUUGCCUACCCUGAAGGCAUUGCUAAACUUCCUCUGUCACCGCUGUGGGCAUUCCUGUUCUUCUUCAUGUUGCUUACCCUUGGCUUGGACAGUCAGUUUGCCAUGGUUGAGACGUUGGUCAGCGGCAUCAGUGACAUCUUCCCGCGUUUCCUGAGGAAACACAAAAUUGCCUUCACGGCCAUCUGCUGUCUGAUUGGCUUCCUUCUUGGAUUGCCCCAGGUUACAAAGGGUGGUAUCUACAUGCUGACACUGAUGGACUGGUACUGUGGCAGCUACAACCUGAUGCUGGUGGCUCUGGCGGAGAUCAUCUGCCUCAUGUAUGUCUAUGGCUUAGUAAGUUGGUUCUGGCCACAACACGGAGCCAGACGCUCUUACAUGCCGUUCCUGGAGGACAUCGAGAUGAUGAUUGGCCACAAGCCCAACCCCUACUGGAUCAUCAACUGGGCCUUCCUGACUCCUGUCGCUAUCCUUUUCAUCGUGAUAGUGUCGGCGACCCAGUACACCCCCGCCAAUUACGGCGACUACAUCUUUCCCCCAUGGGCUGAGGGGAUUGGCUGGUGCAUGGUUGUCGCCCCUGUUGCUAUGAUCCUCCUCGUCAUGAUCAUUCAGAUCAUAAGACUCGGUCCACGACGAGCGUUCAGUCCAACAAGGAGCUGGGGACCCGCCAGUCCUGAAGAUCGAACAGGGAAAUACGCCAGCCUUGGCCGUGUUAAUGGCGUCAAGAAGGCACCGCCCAGCGUGUACGAGUCCCCUCCCGACUUUGAUGGCAUUGACAACAAGACCUUCGACCAUAGGCUGUAGCUUUACAUAUGCAAGAAUGCACACUUUAAAUAAUUUAAAUCAUUUGUUAGUUAUUCCAAUACAAAAACAAAAUCAGGUUUUAUAGCUACAUGUCGUCGAAGAAACCCAACUAUUUUCAAAGCUCAUAACACUGAAAUUACAAAUCCAUGAAGUCUUCAAAAUGAACUGCUGGUUAAUGUAAAAUGUAUAAAGUAUUUCGUUUCGUCUGGUUUAUUAUAUCAACGUAAUAUUGGCACAUUGAAAAUAUAAGUUCCCACUGGCCUUCCAUCUGAUAAUACAUGAUGUAAACAACAGUUUAAAGAAAGCUUAGUGCAUCUAUUGGAAUGUGUUGAUUAAGAACAAUAAGCUGGCUUGAAAGCAUGAUUACACAACGUCAUUUAGAAAGUGGUCAAAGGUAACAUAUGUUAUAUUUGAGAGUACACUUUCUUAGUAAAGUUCAAAUUCUAGUACUUUUGGGGUUGAGUCCCAUCCGGGAUUCGAACCCACACCCUGAGAGUCAGGCACCUAAUCGCCAAACGGACACAAACGCACAUUUAUGCUUAUAUGUAGUUUCAACACACUUAUGUAAUUAUCUGUGAACCCUUUUACGGUUAUUUGAAACGAUAUGUACAGGUUUUUGAGAUAACUUUCGAUAGAAGGAUUAUUUUGGUCACACGGCUUAAUGUGUGACAAGGUUUGAAAUUCUUCUUAUAAUCGUGCCAAACCGUGAACAAAAUAUCGUCUCUCCCUCCUCACACAUUUGUGUGUCAUUAUUAUUGCAUCAGAGACAUGUGAAGUUUUCCACUCAAUGGUACAACGAAAUGUAGUCACACAUAACCAAAAUGCUCAUUGUAUUAUAUUGUUUAAUGUUCCAUUCCUUUGUUCACGUAUAAUGUCCUAUAUAGAGUUCUACGUUGUCUGUGUUUGGUAAACAGUGCUCGUGGGGUUUCAAUUCAGUGGUAAAGGGCUCACUCAGAACCACCCAAACUGAACUGACACACCAUUUUAUAGCGGCGUUAACUCAAUACCCUCACUCACUCUCAUAAUUAGCAUGAUUUUAACAUAUACCGCCCACGUUAUGUUUCCUUUUUGUGUUUUUCCUUUUUGUGUCGAAAUACGUUUUUCUCCGCGUGUAUCAGGAAAUGUGUCACCAAAAUCAAGCCCUCAAACCAGGAAAUGUGUAAAUUUCUGGGAAUAUUUAGAAAAUGUGUACAUUUACUGAGUGAAUCAGGAAAUGUGCACAUUUCCUAAAUAUUCCAGGAAAAUGUACACAUUUCCUGAUUUGACACGUUUUCUGUAACAUAUAUAUCUUGUACUGACGCAAAAGAACGGAAACUUAAUUGUGCCAUUUUGGUUUUAUCAAUAAAAAGUAUGGAGCUGUUUUCUAGUUGUGUAACUUGUUUGAUUUCUCCUCUCUCGAAUUUUGUUUCUGGUAAUUUCGAUCAGAAGCAAUAUUAUGUAAAGCUAUUUAAAGUAUGUAAAACACCGACCUUUCCAAAUUUUGAUAAUAUUCGUUAUAACAACAAAAUGCUCGAAAUAUUACCAAGGUGGCAUCAGUGGGUUUUCGUAUGUUGGUACUCCUCGCAAGCACGUAUGCAAGCCACAUUUCUAUCAGUUCUCGUUACAUUCUGUCUGACCAACAUAUAACUCACAUUUGCUAUUUCAGUUGUUGUACAGCAGGGAUGAUAUUGAUUCCAUUGUCUUUGUAUGAUAUGAUGUAGAAAUACCUGUUGCGGCAAACACAUGUUACGUUGAGCCAUAAAUACCUGUUGUUGUCAAACGUGUGUAAUACAAUUGGCAGUCUUAAUUCUAUGACAAGUAAAUUCAUUUACGGUUGAUAUGUUAAUUUGCCACAAUGUAUUUUUGGUGGCAGAAAAUUGCUUAAGCGGAAUUAUUUUUAAGCAUUUUGAGGCAACUAAGAAAGUAAGAUACUUUAUGGAUAACAACUUUAGUUGCUGUUUCAUAAAUUAUCUUACUCUCUCAGUACACGUCAUAGUCUAAAAUGCCAAUCAUGCAGAUCAUUUUCAGGAACAUGUUUAAAAAUACUCACUGGCCCCUGAGAAUAUUACAUGGUUGGUCCCAAAUCAUUGCAAUUGUCAAAACAUCUUCUCGAUAAUUGCCAUACAUUUGUCUUGUCGUGAGUGAAUGAUUUGAAUCUUAAGUCAGUGACAAACGUCUUCUUCAUAUGUAUAAUCUUUACAGAACCCUUGAACCCCAUGUUUCGUGACUACCCAUUCAGUUUCAGGAUCCACCUGUAGUUUCGUGUUCCAUCACUGCCCCAAUCAUCCUUCUUUGUGAAUCGUACUUUUGUCUGUGGGUUUUCCCCACAUGCGCAACAACUGACAUACUGUUCUAAAUUCUAAAGCGGUUUAGAAUGCAACACUCCUGCUGUCUUGCACUGCACUGAUUAAGAAGCUCCAAAUGUAUUUGUGUAUUUAGAUGAUUGGUAUCUUGCCUUUAUAUAAUCAUAUUCUUGCUACAAAUGCUCGAUGUCCAAAUGUACUUGUUCAAAUGCUCAAUGUGACGAUGAUGCGCUGUCCACCUUGUGUGAAAUUCAAGGAUGAAGACGCCACAGAACAUUAUGCCGAGCGUCCAAGUUAUUCUUAUCUCAACUUUCUCAUCAUCCAUUUCAUUUUAUGUUUUGCUUUUUGCUUUCAUGAUAUUAAAAAAGGUCAAUUAGAGCUUCCAGAAAAACA